UCAUCAUCCAAUCUCACGCUAGAGCCGUUUUUCACAGUUGCUCUGAGUUGUAGCAAACAAUGACAACGUCGUCGUUUCAUAUCUCCUUGUCCUCCUCUCUCCCGUUUUCUCCUCUCCCCACCACCACCACCACCAGCAGUGGCGCCACCACCCGUCGUCUUCCGAGACUCGUCAUACUCUGCUGCUCUUCCUCCACACCCACCGCCACUGCAUCAUCAUCAUCAACAGUGACCUUGCCAAAGAAAAAACACUGGAAAGCAGGGGAAUACCCGGGCGUCACUGAAUUCUCCAUUCCACGACUCUCAAACAAUAAUAAUAAGCAAAGAACACCCAUAAAGAAUAUCAAGAAGAAAUUGGAUAAGAAAAACAAUGCCAAGGCAUGGGUCAACACUGUCACUGAAGCCCUCGCUGAUGCCAUUGACAAAAAGCAAUGGCUCCUUGCCCUUCAGGUAUUUGAGAUGCUAAAGGAUCAGCCUUUUUAUCAACCAAAAGAAGGGACAUACAUGAAGCUCCUUGUUGUUCUCGGGAAAUCUGGACAACCAGAACAUGCCCGUCGACUUUUCGAUGAGAUGGUUGAAGAAGGAUUGGAACCGACCUCAGAACUUUAUACUGCCUUGCUUGCUGCCUAUUCUCGGAGCAAUCUGAUCGAUGAAGCAUUUUCUGUGCUUGAACAAAUGAAGGCUCUUCCUCUCUGCCAGCCUGAUGUAUAUAGUUUUAGUAUACUGAUUAAAGUUUGUGUUGAUGCUUCUCGUUUUGAGCUGGUUGAGUCCCUCUAUGAUCAAAUGGCUGAAAGAUCAAUAACUCCAAACACUGUUACUCAAAAUAUAGUGUUGAGUGGUUAUGGAAAGGCAGGGAAAUACGAACAGAUGGAAAGAGUGCUCUCCGGGAUGCUUGAGAGCACCACGUGCAAACCUGACGUGUGGACUAUGAAUACUAUUCUUAGCGUGUUUGGUAACAAAGGUCAAAUUGAAAUGAUGGAAAGAUGGUAUGAAAAAUUCCGCAAUUUCGGAAUUGAACCAGAAACGCGCACUUUUAACAUUCUGAUUGGUGCUUAUGGGAAGAAAAGGAUGUACGAUAAGAUGUCUUCAGUAAUGGAAUACAUGCGUAGGCUUUCAUUUCCUUGGACGACAUCAACGUACAACAAUGUAAUCGAGGCAUUUUCAGAUGUAGGCGAUGCCAAGCACAUGGAGUAUACAUUUGAUCAGAUGCGAGCCGAAGGCAUGAAGGCAGACACCAAGACCUUCUGCUGCCUCAUCAGAGGGUAUGCCAAUGCUGGCCUUUUCCAUAAGGUGAUCAGCAGUGUUAAAUUGGCUGGAAAAUUGGAGAUACCUGAGAAUACCUCGUUCUUUAAUGCUGUCAUAUAUGCAUGUGCGAAGGCGGAGGAUUUAAUGGAGAUGGAAAGAGUUUUCAGGCGAAUGAAAGAUAAAAGUUGCCAACCAGAUUCCACAACUUACUCUGUUAUGAUUGGUGCAUACAGAAAAGAAGGUAUGACUGAUAAGGCCUAUGAUCUGGAGCUAGAAAAUCAGAUGAUCAAUGCAGAUGUUGUUUCUAAAGGUGACCAUGAUGUCGAAACAGAUGCUUCACUGAAUGACCAAUAAAGAACUGAUGAUAUUAUCGUCACUCUUGGUUCAGUUGGAGCAUUUCAGUUGCUACAGAAGUUGUAAAUUCAUCAAUCUUUCUGAGGUGGAUAAGUCAUAAGAGUUAAUAUCAAAUAUUGAGGCAACCUUACGGCAUUAACAAACAAGCAUUUACCGUUCAAAUGGAAGAGAUGUUAGGUGAUUCUGAUGCAACAGAGCCGGCUCCUUAAAAUUGAUAUGAAGAAUCUCUAUGCAUCCCCAGGAUUCCAUCUUGGGAGGGAGGGAGGGAAUGGCUGCACCAAAACUGCUACUCUGCUAUCACUUUUUAUUAUCUUUGUUUAAUAUGUCUUACCACUUUUCUUUGAUUACAGAUGCUUGGGGAAAAAAAGGAUAAAAGUUAUCUUAUGGAGAUUCCACACAUAAUAAGCUUUUCCAAACGUUGUAAUCUCUGUGUGUAACCC